CUCCGCCCCCUCACUGUCUGACACCAUAGCCCCUCCCCGGCUUCCGUAGCGAGCAGCUUCCCGGAGGAGGAGCAGGAUGGACGUUCUGCGGCCCACUUUGAUAAGGAUUGAGGGGCGAGUGUACAGGAAGAAUGUCAUUCAAGAGCAGGCCUACCAGCACGAAGAGGAGGAUGAUUUCUGUGCAGGCCCUAGUGACUGUGCAGAUGAGCCCUGUGAUGCCUUUGUGAUGGAAGAGACUGAGAAAGGCUUCCAGUGCAGAGUGGAAGUUCCCAGCCUGUUAUACAAGUACAUCAUCGGGAAGAAAGGGGAAACCAAGAAAAGACUAGAAACAGAGACUCGAACCUCCAUCAGCAUUCCCAGGCUUGGAGUGGAAGGAGAAAUUGUGAUUACUGGGCAGCAUCGCAAUGGUGUCAUCUCUGCCCGAACGCGGAUUGAUGUUCUCCUGGACAGCUUCCGUAAGAAGCAGCCCUUCACACACUUCCUAUCUUUAGCUCUCAACCAGCCCACCAUCCAGGAGAAGUUCCUGCAGUUCAAGGAAGAGGUGCUGGAGAAAUGCUCAAAGGAUCACGGGGUCAGCAGCAGCCUGUUCCAGAACCCUUCUAAGCUUCACCUGACUCUUGGGACGCUGGUACUUCUGAACGAAAAAGAGAUCCAGAAAGCAUGUGACCUCCUACAGCAAUGCAAAGAGGACUUUGUGGACCAAAUUGCUGGAGGCAAGCCCUUGACUGUGGAAGUGGUAGGAGUGGAGUACAUGAACGAUGACCCUGCCAUGACAGAUGUUCUUUAUGCCAAAGUCCACAUGAAGGAUGGCUCUGACAGAUUGCAGGUGAUUGCUGAUCAAUUGGUGGAGCGGUUUGUGGCCUCCGGCUUGAUGCUUAAAGAGUGGGAUAGGGUGAAACUGCAUGCUACAGUCAUGAACACUCUCUUCAGGAAAGAUCCAAGUGCUGAAGAGCGAAACAAUACAAUGACUGGUAAAUCAUCUUUCAAGGAGCGGGAGUCAUUUAAUGGCCAAAAUAUCCUCAAGCUCUUUGAGAACUUCUACUUUGGAGAGGUGCAGCUGGACUCAGUGCGGCUUUCCCAGAGGUUCUCCUCAGAUGCCUCUGGCUACUAUGCAACGUCUGGGCAGCUGAUGUUCUGAAGCAGCAGCGCAGGUGCUGCAGGAUGUUCACUCUGUGCAGACAUGAUCGUCAGUGAAAUGUUUUUAUGGGACACGAAUUUUGGAUGGGAACCUGGGAACUCCAGCAGGAAUGCCUCGUCACUCCUCAACAGCACAUUGCAGCUGGGAACUAUGGCAUUCCCCUGAAGCUUUUCCUACACACACUGCUUGCCCUCCCUUCUGGGGGAACUGGAAUCCUUCCACCUCCUUUCCCCAUUGGUAGUGGAAAUGUUGCAAAGGUGCCCAUGAGAUAUCUGUGGCCUGUUUGUUUUCCAAGAAAACAACUAGAAAAACUGGUGCAGGUGGCUUUUGGGGCAUCACCAGUGUUUAAGCAUAGCUUUCUUUCAGAAGAAGGAAGUUUGUUCUUGAAAUAAGUAUUUAAAAUCCAAGAUUGAUCCCUGGAGCAUGAUUUAAGGAUAUUGAGGUCAGGCAUUGCUUGGAUCUCCAGCAGUGUGCCUGUGUGAUGUAGAUCUCCAAAUAAAGUAAUUCCCUUCAAAAGCAAA